UGACACGCCUGCUAUUAGUCCAACAAGUGACCUCCAGCCUCACACCAACUGCAGCCCAGAAGUUCUCUGGACUCUGACUCUCAUUGAAAUAACACGUCUUGUCACCUCUGAUCCACCCGACCUGUCUCAUUUGGAUUUAAGAAAGGAGGGGGGAGGGAGAAAGAAUCCAUAUUUAAAGAUGAUUUGCAUCCUGAUCCUUCUGAACUUGUGAAGAGGGGGAAGAGGGCGCGGUGCACCGGACUCGACGGAAGAGGAGAGAUGGCGGGAUGCUGCGUGUCGGCGGAGGAGAAAGAGAACCAGAGGAUCAACGAGGAGAUCGAGAAGCAGCUGCGGAGAGACAAGAAGGACUCGCGCAGGGAGCUGAAGCUGCUGCUGUUAGGCACUGGAGAGAGUGGAAAGAGCACCUUCAUCAAACAAAUGAGGAUCAUACAUGGAGGAGGAUACACAGCUGAGGACAAGAAGAGCUAUGUCAAACUGGUCUGCCAGAACAUCUUCACGUCCAUGCAGUCGAUGAUCCGAGCCAUGGAGGUGCUCCGUAUAUCUUUCUCUGACCCCCAGAACCAGUACCACGCUAACUCAGUGCUGGAGAUGGAGGUGGACAAGGUGGAGGAGUUGGACCAAAGCUUCGCGUCGGCCAUCAAGAGUCUGUGGAACGAUGGGGGAAUACAGGAGUGCUACGACCGACGCAGGGAGUACCAGUUGUCCGACUCCACCAAAUACUAUCUCACUGACCUGGAUCGAAUUUCAGAGCCCUCUUUUUUACCCAACCUUCAGGACAUCCUCAGGGUCCGAGUGCCAACCACAGGUAUCAUCGAGUAUCCGUUUGACAUGGAGAACGUCAUUUUCAGGAUGGUGGACGUGGGGGGUCAGAGGUCAGAGCGGAGGAAGUGGAUCCACUGCUUUGAGAACGUCACCUCCAUCAUCUUCCUGGUGGCGCUCAGCGAGUACGACCAGGUCCUGGCUGAGUGCGACAACGAGAACCGCAUGGAGGAGAGCAAGGCUCUGUUCAAAACCAUCAUCACCUACCCGUGGUUCCAGCGCUCCUCGGUCAUUCUCUUCCUGAACAAGACCGACAUCCUCAGGGAGAAGAUCCUGUACUCUCACUUAGACACCUACUUCCCCGAAUUUACAGGACCUCAGCAGGAUCCUACUGCAGCUCAAGAUUUCAUCCUGAGAAUGUACCAAGAACAAAACCCAGACAAGGACAAGACGCUGUAUCCUCACUUCACCUGCGCCACAGACACGGAGAACAUCCGCUUCGUCUUUGUGGCCGUCAAAGACACCAUCCUCAGACACAACCUGAAGGAGUUCAAUCUGGUGUAAAAGGUGGAGGAAGAGGAGGAGGAGGGCAGGAGAAGAGACGAAGGGCUACAGGAGUACAGAAUUAUAUGAAACAAAACUUUCAGGUUGAAAUAUUUUCAUUUCAAACAAGUGAGAUCUUAUGUGGCCUGUACAAAUCCAGCCAAAGAGAAAACCAACAUGUAGUCACAGACAUAUCCAUACUACUGUACAUCUGCUGUGAUAUGAUGUGAAUGAGACUUCCCUGUAGAAGUGAGAAUAUGAAAGUUAUAUCAUAAACAUGCGGCCAGCUAAUUAUUUAAUAGAUGUUAUUCCUGUGUCUUUAUGAGUGUUUAAUAGAUAAACAGUACAAGAGGUGGUAUGAGUACACUUUAGUCUUAAUACUGAGCCACCUGUGUCUGUAAUUGUCGUGCUGCAAAAUCACUGAGCUGAUACUGUUUUAGAUGUAAAUAACCUGAGUCGUACUCGACACUUUCUUCUCAGGAGAGAUGAAAAUUAUAUUUAUGCAGUGAAACUUAUAAUAGGCAAUUACAGUUCUGUAAUAAAGAAUCCAAUUUGUAUGUUUUAGAUUUCCUGGACACAAGAAAUAAAGGAAGAAGACAGAAAUUUG